AUGCAUAAAUAAUUGAAUUCGAUUAGCUUCAUUUCUGCUAAUAGUGGAUUUUCUGAUUUAUAAUCUUGUUCUAUUAUUAAAGGUAGUAAUUAUUAUAUAGCCAAAUCUAUUGAUUAGCAUCCAGAAUUGAUUGAAUAACUUUUUGAAACAGAAAAGCUGCAAAAAUCUAAGAAUAUAUUUUAGGAUCCUGUCAAUCUUAAAAUUCUUUAACAUGAUCCUGCAAUUGGACCAAAAUAUGAAAAAAAUAAAAUAGUUUCAAGAUCUAUUGUCGGAAAACCGGAUAUAUUUAGGAAGAAAUAACCUACUCAGAACAUUCAUUCAAAUCAGGAGUUUCAUAUGCCUACUCAACAGAUCAACAUGCAGGAAUCAAUUAGUUUAGCCAAGAAGGAAUCUCCAUUAUAAAGAAGAUUAACACAAUUAAAAGUUGUUCAAAGCCCUGUCAAAAUUUCGAAAUAAACAAAGAAUGAAAAUGUAAUUACAGGUUCUGAGUUAAUUAGUAAAAUUGCUCAUCUGGAAAAAAGAUUAAUUUAAAAUAAACUCGACGAAUAAAAGCAAUUUGAUAACAUGCCAUUUUUUUAAAAAUAAAAUUAAUAUCGAGACCAAAGAGCUUUAGAAGAUUUUGAUAAGCAAGAAAAAAUUCACUCUGAACUACUUCAUUCCUUAUCAGCUCGUAUAUCUAGGAACCCAAGUUGUUCUUUAAUGAUGGAUUUGUAUAAUUUUAGAAGAAAACAAGAAUAUUCAAAUACAAAUGAUAAAAUGAGGCAAUUGUCAGAAAAUAAAAAUCAGGAAAUUAUGUACAAAUUCUAUAAUAAUUUAGAGAAAUCUAAGAAUAAAACUAGAUACCCUUUUUUAUCUGUUCUGAUAGAUAAUAAAUUAUAAGAAAACCCCACAUUUUUGAAAAAGAUGCAACUAUUUCCAACAUUUUAAAGCACAUGAAUGAGGAUAAAACAUUUUAAAGUUUUACAACUAACAACGUUUUAAAAGAAAAAGAAUUAAAAUAUAAAUUAUUAGCAAAAGAUAAAAUUAAGUUAAACAUUGAUGAACUGAUGAUAUUUGGAUAAUCUAAAUAUGAUCAAGAAAUCUCCAUUAAUCCAAACCAGAAAUACGUAAUCAAAGAUAUCGAAAAAAAUUAAGGAAGUGAGGAGGAAAUAUUAUGA